AUGAGUGAAACUGUUGAUUUCAAGGCUGUGCUAGAACAGACAAAAGAGUUAUAUGGUAAUUUGAUUCAAGCUGUGGAUUUUAAUGAUCCUUAUCUACGUUAUUCAUUGGUAUGGGUUGCAUUUAACCCUAUCUUUUGGAAUAUCGUUGCUAGAUUGGAAUAUAAUACUCAUUUCCUCACUAAGGUCACUGGUUCAGCAAAAGCUGGUUGUUAUACAUUGGCUGUUAUAAUUUUCACUCUAGGUUUAGGUCGUGAUCAUAUGUUUAACCUUGCAUUAAAAAAUCAAGAAACGUCACCUUUCCUUCAAGUAGAUUUAUUACAAAAAAUAGGUUAUGCGGCUAUAACAUUAGGUCAAAUCCUGGUAUUAUCUUCAAUGUAUCAAUUAGGUGUCACAGGUACAUAUUUAGGUGAUUAUUUUGGUAUAUUAAUGAAAGAUAGAGUAACUUCAUUCCCAUUUAAUGUAUCUAAUAAUCCUAUGUAUCAAGGCUCUACAUUAUCAUUCUUAGGAAUAUCUUUAAUUAAAGCUAAACCAGCAGGUUUAGCUGUAACUUUAGCUGUACAAUUAAUGUAUGAUAUUGCUUUACAAUUCGAAGAACCUUUCACAACUAAGAUUUAUGCUAAUAGAGAUUCCGUUGAAAAUCAAAAGAAAAACUUAUAA